AUGCAAAAUAUAGAUUUAAAUGUCCGCGAUAAUAACAAGCUAACACCUUUUCAUUAUGCAGCUCAAAACCCAAAUUCUGACAUCAUUAUUAUUCUUUUCCAAAAUUCAAAAAUUAAUCUGACAGCUAAAGAUAUUACAAACAAAACAGUUCUUCAUUAUGCUGCACAAAAUGAAAAUCCAAAAAUCAUCAAAAUUCUUUGCAAAUUUAGGCAAAUAUUAAAUAUUAAUGACCGCGAUGACUCAGGAAUGACGGCCAUUCAUUAUGCAGCAAUGAAUAGAAAUGUUGAAAUUAUUAAUUAUCUUUUUUCACUUCCAUAUGUUAACAUUAAUAUAACAGAUGGUUUUAAUAGGACAGCUCUUCACUAUGCAGAAAUGGUUGGAAAUAUAGAUGUUGUAAAAUACAUUCGAUCUUUACCAAAUUUUGAUGUCGACAUAAUAGACAAAGCUUGUAAGAGUGCUGAUUUCUAUGCAAAAAAUAUAAGAGUGAAUUGGAAUCUAAAAUGA